AUGGCACCUAGAACUGAACAAACAGCAUAUGAUACAAUGCCAACUAAUAAUAAUAACGAUAGUAGGAGAAAUAGUCUAGCCGCCGACGAUAAUGGCAUACUCAUAGAAAAUGUUUAUACAAGCGACAAACAAAGAGACCCAUUGGUCGAAGUCCCCGGUAUGGAUGAUAUACCAGAAGAUGAAAUAUUUAGUUUUCGAAAGUUAUGGUCAUUUACAGGACCUGGUUUCUUGAUGAGUAUAGCGUAUUUGGAUCCUGGUAAUUUGGAGAGUGAUAUUCAGGCUGGCGCAACGGGUGGGUAUUCGUUGUUGUGGGUGUUGUUGUGGUCGACCGUCAUUGGUUUGUGGCUACAAUUUCUUGCCAGCAGGCUGGGUGUUGUAACGGGCAAGCAUUUGGCCGUGCAUUGUAGAGAGUACUAUCCAGUGGUACCCAGAAUAUUACUGUGGAUCAUGACCGAGUUGGCCAUCAUUGGCUCUGACAUUCAAGAGGUUAUCGGCACUGCCAUUGCAAUUAGCAUUCUGUCACGAGGCGCUAUUCCAUUGUGGGCUGGUGUCUUGAUUACCGCCGCCGACACAUUCACCUUUUUACUACUCGAAAACUAUGGCAUCCGAAAACUAGAGGCAUUCUUUUGUGCACUCAUCACGGUCAUGGCCGUCAGCUUUGGUGUAGAAUAUAUCAUUGCUAAACCCGAUCAACUACAAGUGUUGCGUGGCGUAGUCGAGCCGUACGUCAACCACUCGAACCUCGCGGAAGCGGUGGGUAUCCUCGGUGCCGUCGUCAUGCCACACAACAUCUACCUUCACUCUGCAUUGGUACAGUCGAGAAAGAUCGACCGAUCGAGCGACAUCCAAGUUCGCACAGCCAACAAAUACUUUAACAUCGAGUCGAGUAUUGCUCUGUUCAUCUCAUUUGUCAUCAAUCUUUUUGUGGUUGCUGUCUUUGGCACUGGCUUUCUCGGCGAGACUAUUGGUCUCUCUACCGCCGCCGAUUUCCUCGGCACCAAGUAUGGAGAGGUUGCAAGAUACAUUUGGGCCAUCGGUCUCUUGGCUGCAGGCCAAUGCUCGACCAUGACUGGAACCUACUCUGGUCAGUUUGUCAUGGAAGGGUUUUUAGAUCUAAAGAUCAAGCCUUGGAAGAGACUAUUGAUCACUCGAUGCAGUGCCAUCGUUCCUGCCAUUGUCGUUGCCAUUCUCUCAAACACUCAUCUCGACUCUCUAGAUGAAUGGUUAAAUGUACUCCAAUCUGUUCAACUUCCAUUUGCUGUAUUACCAGUACUUUAUUUUACCUCUAGAUCUGAAGUAAUGGGAGAAAAGUUUAAAAAUCAUUGGUUAAAUAAUAUUGUAGUUAGACUUUUAUCAUUAAUUAUUAUCGCCAUCAAUAUCUAUUUAAUUGUCAUUUUUGCAACACAAAUUUCAACAUCUGGCUGGAUGAUUGCCGUCAUGAUCAUUGGAUUCCUUUUCUAUUUUUCAUUUAUUAUUUAUUUGGCUCUUGGAGUUGAAAACUCUAACCGAAUAGCCAAACGUAUCAAAUCAAUUUUCUCCUCUUCCUCUUCUUCUAACCAACAAUAUGAAAAUGAAAGAUUGAUCAUCAAUACUCAAUAA